UUCUCAUCUCUCAUCCAUCUCAACAUCUCCUUUUCAACGGCGACAACGCUCUCACGGCUCCUCCGUAGAGAUCACCACAAUAGAAAAGCCGGCUGCAAUUGUACAUAUCCGAUAACCGGCUCCACACGAUGCUUCGCCGAGUCCCCGCCCUCCGCCCGCGGGCGCUCGGCACUCCGCGGCCUCUGGCGUUGCGCUACCACCCGUCUGCACCCUCUCCGUUCGUCACCUCAGCAGGAAGGGUAACGAUUCCCUCCCGCUCGAUGCACGUCCGGGCAAUCUCCUUCGGCACGAUUCCGCGCCUGAUGGCCCGCGCAUUCCGUGUGCCGCUGUACGGAAUGGCCGUUGGUGCCGGCGGAUUCGGGUACGCAAACUACAAGCUCGAAGGCGUGCGGAAUGCGACCAACGAGGUGCUGGGCAAUGUCAAGGACACCCUGUCGAACGCUUACGGCACGACGGCGGGCGCACUCGGCGCCGCCUACGAAGUAGGCAGCGGCGCGCUUGGCGCGCUUGGAGAGGGAGUAGGGAGCGGCGCGCGGGGGGCAGUGGAGGAGGCGACAGGGCGGAUAGAGGCCUUCCAGCGUGGGGCAGGGGAGUGGUGGGAUGCCUUCUCCUCCCAAUUCAAGAGCAAGGAGGAAGACAAGACAGCAACGGUUACGACUUCGGCUGCGAAGGAGGAGCCUGAAGGAGGCGGCAGCGGCGGAGGUGGUAGUGGAGGAGGUGCUGAAGCAGCAGCUGCGCUUGCAGCGGCGGCAGUCGCACACGAAGGCGAUGAGGAGCCGGAAGGGACAGCGAAGGAGCACCAGCUCCUUCAGCUGACCCGCAAGCUUAUCGAGAUCAGGCAGGUUCUCCUGAGCGUUGACCAGAGUGACGCGCUCAAGCUGCCUUCUAUUGUCGUAAUUGGUUCACAAAGCUCUGGAAAGAGUUCCGUGCUCGAAGCUAUUGUCGGCCACGAGUUCCUGCCGAAAGGUGACAACAUGGUGACUCGCCGGCCCAUCGAGCUCACUCUUAUCCACACGCCUGCCAAGCCUGGCUCGAAUCAGCCUGCCGAGUACGGCGAGUUCCCAGACAUGCCGCACCUCGGAAAGGUGACAAAUUUCUCGACGAUCCAGAAAACUCUCACCGACCUCAACCUGGCCGUUCCUGCCGAGGAGUGCGUGUCCGACAAGCCGAUCCACCUGAAUAUCCACUCGCCGCACGUUCCAGACCUCACGCUCAUCGACCUGCCGGGCUACGUGCAGAUUUCGAGCCUGGACCAGCCUGACUCGCUGAAGGAGAGCAUCUCGGAGCUGUGCGACAAGUACAUCCGCGAGCCGAAUAUCAUCCUCGCGGUGUGUGCCGCGGACGUCGACUUGGCCAACUCACCUGCACUUCGCGCCUCGCGUCGCGUGGACCCCUUGGGCAACCGUACCAUUGGCGUUGUCACGAAGAUGGAUCUCGUGACGCCGCAGCAGGGCGCGUCCAUCAUCCGCGGCGACAAGUAUCCCCUCCACCUGGGAUACGUGGGCGUCGUAUGUAAGGCUCCACCAACAUCUGGUGUCUUCUCUUCCCUACGCUCGCAGCCGCGUGUCACGAACGCCGUGCUGAAGCGGGAGGAGGAGGUGUUUGGCGGUGAAAACGCGCGGUAUUACAAUGUACGAGGACGUGGCGAGGGCAAACUCCUCACUGGUACCGACACACUGAGGAGGCAACUCAUGGACGUUCUCGAGACAAGCAUGGCAGGCAGUCUGCACGGGAUCACGAACGCGGUGCAGCUUGAGCUUGAGGAGGCGAACUACCAGUUCAAGGUCCAGUACAACGACCAGCGGAUCACGGCCGAGUCAUAUGUCGCUGAAACGACUGACGCACUCAAGGCGCGCUUCAAGGAGUACACGAAGCAAUUCAACAAGCCGGCUGUGCGAGCAAAGCUCACGGCGAUGUUGGACGAGAAGGUCAUGGACAUCCUUGAGCAGCUGUACUUCAACGACGAGGCGCGUGCGACUGAGUUGACGCGCCUUGGCGACGACCGCCGCCUCGCCAACCAGGACGAUCUCGAGCAGUACUGGAAGUACAAGCUGGACACGGCGUCGAGCCUGUUGACCAAGAGCGGUGUGGGGCGUGACUCGACAGGACUCGUUGCCGAUGGCCUGCGGGGCCUCAUAGACAGCAUUGCGACGGGCGAGCCGUUCUCUUUCCACCCGUCGGCGAGCGAGCGCAUCGUCGACUUUUCACAUGCCCUCCUCCGCGACCGCAUGGGCAUCACGGCCGACCAGGUCGAGAACUGCAUCAAGCCGUACAAGUACGAGGUGGAGGUGGACGAGCGCGAGUGGGAGAACGGGCGGGCGCGGGCCGACCGCAAGUUCCAGGAGGAGAUGGUGCUGUGCGACGCCAAGUUGAACGAGAUCCGCUCGCGGCUGGGCGGCUCGCGCCGUCUCAACGCGCUCGUCAAGCACGUGGACGAGCUGGAGAAGUGGACGGCGAAGAAUAGGCUGCGCAGCGCUGGCAGCGAGGGCGAGGGGGAGGACGACAGCGCGCCGCAAGUCGACGCGUACAAGUACUCGCCAGCACAGCUCAUCGACGGGCGAAAUGCCCUGCUGCUCCAGAACCGCCUUGCGCUGCUGAAGCUCCGCCAGCAGGCGAUCCGGAGCAAGCGGUGCCGCGGGGGGCCCGAGCAGGCGGCGUUCUGCCCCGAGACGUUCUUGGCCGUCGUGGCCGAGAAGCUGGCGUACACGUCAACGAUGUUUAUCAAUAUUGAGCUUCUCGAGCAGUUCUUCUAUCAGUUCCCGCGCGAGAUCGACUCGCGGAUCCUGUACGACCUGGACCGGGACGAGAUCAAGAAGUUUGCGCUGGAAAACCCCAAGAUCCGGCAGCACCUCGAGCUGCAGGAGCGGCGGGACAAGCUUGAGCAGGUGCUCCGGUCGCUGCAGUCGCUCGUCAAUUUGCAGGCCGACCACGCGCCGCGGGACGCGCGGCGGAAGAAGGACGGGCUCUUCGCCAAGUUCAUGUAGGCGGUUUGGUUCAGUAGAAUCUGCGACAUGACACCACUGUAGAGGGCGCGCAGGAGACGCGUCUAGACACUAGGGGACGAGGGGGAUGCAUCUCUGCUCUGUUGUG